AUGGAAUCUACAGCUGGUUUAUUGGUUUCCCGCUCUCUGGCUACAACAUCGUAUGGCGUCUUUUACAUGACUUCACUGGUCAGUGUUGUGUUUUGGGCCAUGCUGUGUUUGCAAACGUUUUGGUACUUUGGAAGCUACGAAAGUGACAGGAAAUCGCUCAAAUUUCUGGUGGUAUUUUUAUGGUCGAUCAGCACGGCGCAAACAUAUGUUAUCGUGUAUGGAGCAUGGGUCUACAUGAUCGAUAAUUUCGGCAACUAUAGGUUUCUGCAGCACAUGGUGUCUCCAUACGUUACGCAGUUUAUUUUUGCGGCUAUAGCCACGGUAACAGUCCAGGCGUUCUUUGUCGUCAGAAUAUGUCGGCUCAGCGGAAAUAAACUAUGGAUGGUCGUCGUUGUGUGGGCUCCAUUGGCGAUUUUUCAGAUUGUUUGCGCCUUCAUCAUCGUUAUCAAAACUUGCCUAUCCGGAAAAGGGUCAUAUGCGUGGGCGCCUCUGCCAAAAGAUCUUGGAAUAGCCUACCUUGCAGUUUCCCUAUUCAUAGACAUAGCUAUUGCGGUGUUUCUGCUUGAGCUAUUGCGUCGGCAUCAAAAACAAACCAGAGUUCGAAGCACGUUGAAAAUUAUUCAGCGACUUAUGCUCCUGGCUGUCUUAAACAUGCUCUGGACAACGGCCUUUGCUAUCUGUGAUUUGAUCACGUUCGUAGCUCUCCACAAACGGAUCAUCUACAUCCUUUUUGACAUGCCCAUCUGCUCUCUGUAUUGCAACACCCUCCUUGCAAACCUUAACACGAGGGCGUCCCUUGGAGAGCGCCAAUCGGCGGUGGAGGAGAUGGACUUAACGACGUUGGAUGCAGUUGAACAUCAGCCCGUAGCCUUGAAGCUGAAGAAUGGUCAUAAGGUCUCUACGCAAAGUGGCUCGCGUAUGAGCUCGGAACUGGCAGCAUGA